AUGGUUCAACAUAUUGUUAAGACCUGCUUUGUCUUCCUCGAUGUGAGGGACCCUCAAAGUAAUAUAAUAUGUUUUUUAGAGGUAGACAUUUCAUGUUGGUAACACUGGGCCAGUUUUGUGGGUAUGUCCUUAGGGUUAGGGUCUAAUUUGAAUCAAUCUAAAUGACUCAAAUGUAAAAUGUAAUCUCCAAAGUGUUGUGAAUGUAUUAACUGCCAAUAUGUACUGUGCAUCCCAAUGGUACAUGCCAAGGCCAAAAUAUAGUAUAUUUAGACUAAAAACUAGGUAACAAGAACCAAGCUUUUAUUUUAAAAUCCUCAGAGCUCUUGGGUUAUGUUCCUCACCCUGGCUCCAAGAGAGAAGGGAGGGUAUUUUGAUAUGAUACAUACAGAGCUGAGAACUUGGCAGAACUCUCAUUUGUUAUCUCUGCUAUUCAUUAGGUUGGGAAGACCCUGAGUCUUUUGGGGGGGCAUUCAUACAGUUUUGUUAUGAUUGUGAAAAGCUGAGGGACUAUUCUUGUGUGUGGGGUGGGUUGGCUCACAUCAGAAUUAUAUUUGAAAGCGAAUUGUAGCAUCUUCAAACUGGCAGCUGUGAUCUUUUUUUUGGUCCCGCUAAAAAUGUUUAGCUGAUGAUGAUGAGAGCAGAGAAAAAUAUGUUAUAUAUAUUUUUUGCUUCUCUUUGAAAUUAUCUGUGGCAAUGCUUGCUAAGCAGGGAGGGGGGCAGCGCAGGGGUUUGGGGCACUGGGUUGUGUGGGUUUGCGAGUCCCCUAGUCUUCAAUAUUGGGUGCUGAGGCAUCUUCAAUAUUUUCCUCUCUCUGGUACUUAAGAACUCCAGCACAACAGUGGACCAACCAAUAUGGUUUGCAACAGAUCUGAAACUCAACACAUUUGUCUCCCAAUGAACAAAAAAAGUAUAAUAUUUUGACGAUUAGUUUGCUUGUUAUAAGUGCUGGAGAGAAUGCUACCUGAGCACAGUCAUACUGGUUAGCUAGGGCAAUCUUUUUACAAGGUGGUUGGUAUCAUUUUGAGGUAAUUGGUUUGUAAAUGAUUCGUCAUUUACACAAGUCGUUUACAAUAACAAAAAAAAUAUGAAUUUGCUUCAUGGUGGAGGUAGUUUCUAAUAAAAGAAAAUGUGUUUGAUUUUAAAUACUGACUUUCAGGAUUUAUAUUGAAUCGAAACCAAAAAAUUGUAAUGUCACGUUAUGGCAUUUUGUGUGCUUUGCGUGAGUGACUGUCCGUAAGUGUUUUAUAUGUUUGUGUGUGUGUGUCAUAGAGAGAAACUUGGUGUGUGAGAAACAAGGUUGGUUGGUGUGUUUUAAGAGUAAGUUAAUGUCCCGUCUCAUUUGUUUGUUGGUAUGGAUGUGAUUGCCUGUGUGUCUGUAUAUGAAUGGCUGUUCUGUAAUAUUGUUUGGUUGGGUGUUCAAUUGGCUGAAAUGUGAAUGUCUGAAUGCAACUGUGAAUGUUUAUGUGUGCUUGCUUGUCUGUGAGUGACAUACAAUAUCUUAAUACCCUUAUGGCUGUUGUCCCUGGCCUGUUUUCUAGUAUACUUCGUGACCCAUACCGUGCAAAGACAAUAGGUCAAUACUAGCCCAUAUAGUGUAAACCCCAAACUAGCCCAAGGCAGAGUUUGCUUCAGAUUCCCUUCAUAUGCUGUUCUUUCCGAUCAGUGGUCACAAAGGGGACUAGAAAACAGGCAAUGUUAAUAGUGUUGAGAUGGAAUAUUCGGUCUAUGUCAGUGGGUAAAUGUCUGUACACUCAGUUUAUUAGGUACACCCAUCUAGUACCGGGUCGGACCCCCCUUUUCCUCCAGAACAGCCUGAAUUCUUUGGGACCUAAUGUGUGCCAGGAAUACAUUCCCCAUACCAUUACACCACCGCCAUCAGCCUGUAACGUUGACACCAGGCAGGAAGGGGCCAUGGACUUAUGCUGCUUACGCCAAAUCCUGACUCUGCCAUCAGCAUGACGCAACAGGAACCGGGAUUCGUCGGACAAGGCAAUGUUUUUCCACUCCUCAAUUGUCCAGUGUUGGUGAUCGUGUGCCCACUGGAGCCGCUUCUUGUUUUUAGGUGAUAGGAGUGGAACCCGGUGUGGUCGUCUGCUGCAAUAGCCCAUCCGUGAUAAGAAUCGACAAGUUGUGCUUUCCGAGAUGCCAUUCUGCACACCACUGUUGUACUGCGCCGUUAUUUGCCUGUUUGUGGCCCGCCUGUUAGCUUGCAUGAUUCUUGCCAUUCUCCAUCGACCUCUCAUCAACGAGCUGAUUUCGCGAACAUGACUGCCGCUGGCUGCAUGUUUUUUAUUUGUCACACCAUUCUCGGUAAACCCUAGACACUGUCGUGCAUGAAAAGCCCAGGAAGCCGGACGUUUCUGAAAUACUGGAACCGGCGCGACUGGCACCGACGAUCAGAACACGCUCAGAUGCUUAGGUCACUCAUUUUGCCCAUUCUAACGUUCAGUUGAACAGUAACUGAAUGUGUCGAUGCCUUUCUGCCUACUAUAUAUAGCAAGCCACGGCCACGUGACUCGCUGUCUGUAGGAGCUAACCAUUUUCGUGAGCGGUGUAGUGUACCUAAUAAACUGUCUAAUCCUGUGUGUAUCUGUGUGUGCGCGCUCUUGGCCAUUGAGUCAAGUUAUGACUGUGUGUGAAUGAAGGAGUACAAAUGGGGGAGGGGGGGAGGGAGGGAAAGUUCACUUGUUGGUAACUCCAAGAUGUUUGGAAAAGGUAAUCAUGUUCAUACUCUUAAGAACACGAGUAAGAGCUAGCCUAUAAGGUAUAUGGUGGGGAAAGGUAAAAGGGGUUUGGGGUAUAAUGCAAUUAAGCAAACAGGAAUUAUGGUAUUGCAGCAUGGGGUUUGGAGAAAAUAAACAAACUGGUACAAAUAAUUUUGAAGCCAGAAUACCCCUGAUCCCCAAAUUGCAAUAGAGCUAAUACAGCAAAGCCUCAAAUGUAUCUCCAGUUGCACAAAUUCUGAAUUGCAUGCAUGACUGUGUUGUGCUUCUCUAAUGCAGACUCCUCUUACAUGCCGACACUCUGCAUUCAAUAAACUGAGAGACUGAAUUCUGCAAGAGCUGGAAAGAAAAUUAUUUGUAUUCUGUUCCUGGAACCUGGAUGAAUGACUGGUCCUGAAAUUCUAAUUUGCAAAAUUACUUGUUUGGAAUUUUUAAACAUAGCCACGGUUAAAUUUGUCACAUACAACAUACCUUGUAUGAUGAGUAAAACAUUUUCUGUAGUCAUUAAGGGGGGAGAAGCCAUUUCAGAAUUCAGUUGUCCUGUGUUUUCUGUAGUUAUUGUACAGUGCCUUCAGAAAGUAUUCAUACCCCUUGACUUAUUCCACAUUUUGUUGUUACAGCCUGAAUUCAAAAUGGGUUAAAUAUAUUUAUUUCUCACCCAUCUACACACAAUACCCCAUAAUGGCAAAGUGAAAACAUGUUUUUAGAAAUGUUUUCAAAUGUAUUGAAAAUUAAGCACCUUUGGCAACGAAUACAACAGUGAGCCUUUCUGGGUAAGUCUCUAAGCUUUUGCACACCUGGAUUGUGCAACAUUUACCCAUUUAUUAUUUUCAAAAAUCUUCAAGCUCUGUCAAAUUUUUGUUGAUCAGGUCUUGCCAUAGAUUUUCAAGUAGAUUUUAAGUCAAUAAUUUAACUUGGCCACUCAGGGACAUUCACUGUCUUCUUGGUAAGUUUCUCCAGUGUAGAUUUGGCCUUGUGUUUUAGGUUAUUGUCCUGCUGAAAGGUGAAUUCAUCUCCCAGUGACUGGUGGAAAGCAGACUGAACCAGGUUUUCCUCUAGGAUUUUGCCUGUGCUUAGCACCAUCCUCAAAGGGAUAUUCAGUGUCUGCUUCUUUUUUUUUUUUUUUACCCAUCUACCAAUAGGUGCCCUUCUUUGAGAGGCAUUGGAAAACCUCCCUGGUCUUUGUGGUUGAAUCUGUGUUUGAAAUUCACAGCUCGACUGAGGGACCUUAAGGAUAAAUAUACGUGUGAAGUACAGGGAUGAGGUAGUCAUUCAAAAAUCAUGUUAAACACUGUUGCACACAGUGAGUCCAUGAAACUUAUUAUGUGACUUGUUAAGCACAUUUUUACUCCUGAACUUAUUUAGGUUGAAUACUUAUUGACUCAAAACAUUUGUAAUUAAUUUGUCCAAAAAAAGAAAAACAUUCCUUAUUCCACUUUGACAUUUUAAAGUAUUGUGUGUAGUAGGCCAGUGACCAACAAAAAUCUAAAUUUUAUCAAUUUUAAAAUCAUGAUGUAACGCAACAAAAUAUGAGAAAAAUCAAGAGGUGUGAACACUUUCUGAAGGCACUGUAUGUGCGAAUGUACAAACCUUGGUGGCUAUUCCUUUUUCUUUCUCAUUUGUUAUUUUCAAAACUGUUCAGCCCCAUGUAGAGUGAGAAUUACAAACGGAGGUCUUAACACUGAAACUUUUAGGUAGUUUGUCUUACAAAUCAGACAGCCGUAGUCCACCACUAAAUUGGAGAAUACAUGCAUGCUUGAUCUGAUUAUAGAGAAAGUCGAUGGGUAAAGUUGCACCAUUGAUUUGCUUACAAUAUUGAAAUUUAAAAUGCAACUGUAUGUCAAUUUGGCUUAUUACCCCCCUCGGUAACCCUAGAAACACAAGCAAUACAAGAAGCGUACUUCAAUUAUCUACUUCUAUCACUGUCCUAAACUGUACUUUAAUGACAUUGGAAUUAAUGCAGGGGGUUAUAAAAUGUAAUAAAAAUGAACUCAAAUUGCAAGUGUGGUGUUUUUCAUUGUUGCUGUCUUUGAAGGCUUGUGUACAUGCCAAGUUGUGUGCUUUUGUGAUGUUUUUACACAUAGCUGUCUGCACUCAGGUGUGUAGGCCUACAUUCUACAUUUAAAUUAAGCAGAUGCUCUUAUCCAGAGCGACGUAAAGUUAGCGACUGCUCAGGUCAUUAGUGUAACUGAAAGGUAAAGCUUCAAUAGAUAUUGACGGAAGUGUGUCAGCACAAAGCAAAUAUACACAACACAGUUGCGUUUGUUAGUGGUUGAGAAUUGUUGCAAGUUAAGUCCACUCGUUUCGCAAUGCUGCAGAUUUUCUACACGUUUUGUCAUGAGGCUAAGAUAAAAUGUUGCUGUUUUAAAGCAAAUUGUCUGCAAUUCUACACUUGUUUUUUUCCAUGGGGUAGGAAAAAUAAGUGCUGUUUUAUAGCACAUCUUAUGCUUUUGUUCACAAUUUGCCAUUAGGUUGAGAGAAUGUUGCAGUUUUAAAGCAAAUGUCCUGCAUUAGUUUUUUUAUGAAUUUGACCCAAGACCCUCAUGCUGUCACUGACCUUCACAGGCAGCACUUUUUUUUUUGACAUCCCUGAACUGCAACCAACCUCAAUGACUCCCCUCGUCCACCAAUCAGCAGCCUCCAAACAGCGAUGACCCUACCUUCAGCCCUUCAGAACCUUGCUGUCUUGUCCAAAUCAGAAAAGGCGUCCUUUUAACAAUCUAUCAGCAAGCAUUGGUUGGGUAAGGCGGUUAUUGCAUUUGUCCAAUCUUAUUGCAGCUAUCUUGUGACUGAAACGUAUAAUAACCAAUUGGCUACAAGUGGGGGUGUGGUCGAAAUAGCAAAACCACGCCUUCGAAUUAUCAUGCUUGAGUUUUCUUAUUAUAUCCCUCAGUGGUGCCCAUGUUGGUUGAUUACGCUGAGAUUGACAUGUAUUUCUGCCACACGUUGUUCAGAAGUGAGCUUAUUUGCCCAAUCCAAGUGCUACCUCAAGUAAGUAGGCGGGUCUUAGCUUUGACUCUCGCAGUUUGAGGUUUUCUUACGUUACUGCCGGGUGUUUCAUCGUGUUCAGGAAAUCACAACGUGAGUAGCAAUUUUAGUGUGGUUUAACUGAAAAUAGACAGCCAAAAGAUUGUAAUUUUUGCGUUGCUGAGGAUCUUGUGAAUUGGGCUUUUAAUUAUUCCGAGAAGCUGUGGCAUCCGUAUUUUCUAUAAGAACAUCAGGAUAGAUGUGGAGAACCAAUGCAACUAGCUAGCUAACGUUAAUUAGCUUAGCUACUAGCUAGCUAGUUAGCUAAACUAAGUCGUUGUACGACAUACCCUCGUACACCAUUAAUUAACUAGCUAGUAGUUACAGCAGACCAGCUAAUGGGUUGGCCGAUUGAAUUAAUUAACUUGCUAGCUGUCGCUGGCUGCCAACACCAGUACUAAUAGCCAGAAAUAGCAACAAUUAAUUCAGCACCAUAGCACUGGGUGAGAUGGUAUACAUAUGUGGGCGACGGCGGCAUUCAAACGAGGCUGCAAUGAAAACUAAUGGGACUGUAGCGACUGUGUUGGCAUCAAAAUCUGGGGUGUGAACUAAGUUUCGAUUCAGCCUUGAUUAACAUGGUAAUGGACCAAUAGUAUUGGAGAAAAGUUGAAAAAACUGACCCCGCUGACGCUAUACGUUAGUGUGACAUGUCACGGCGUAACGUACGGCACUCAUUAUUCAACUCAUUCUGUGCCAUACAGCCUCUCUCCACCAGGUGUAGCGCUUCUCUCGCAGAUUAAAAACAAGAAAUGAUCAAUGGUGAGUGUGAAGUUAAUUCGUUCAUCAAUAGUUAAUUUAAUCAAUUGUUAAUUUUUUCGCGUAAUAACUGCGAGCCAUCAUGACUCUCAAAAACCGUGACACCCAGUUUAAUUGUGAAGAUAAAUUUAGCGCGCCCCUAAAAACCCUAUUCAAAUUCGACACAAACCUUCAAAUAGGUAUGUAAUGAGACAUUAUAUAAACUCAUUAUAGUGUUUUAUUUACAUUUUAGAGGCAAUAAGUUGGACUAAUCGGGUGAAAAAAGCCGGUUCCCCACAGGACAUAUCUCCCCCUUUCACUAUGAUGCAGUUGCUUUCGCAUCCCUACCCGCCAUUUUUAAAAAGACCGGGCGCGGAUCUCCAUUACUUUCUUCAAUCAUGCAGAGACUGGCAGCAUGAAGGUCUCGUCGUUGAUUUUGCUGGAAAGGGGAGCAAUUGUGCUUUACAAUGGUAUUAAAAUCACAGUUGACCUGGAAGUAUUACGUUUUUGGGGUAAAAUAAGGUAAAAUGUACGGAACAGCGCGAUGUACAAAAGUGGGUUAGCUACCAUUAACUACUACAAGAAACAUUUAAUUGCUGGCAUGGUUUUUGAGCUACCCAUUCAGUGAUGACCAUCAUGUAAAUGCCAGCUGUGCCAACCAGCUAUGUAGCUAAUAUACAUGCUAUUUAUGUAAACCUCUAAUGAACCAAAUCAAUCAUUGGGGAUAUUUUAUCAAACUCAUUCAUGGCUAGGCCACAAUUGUAACUUAUAGGUGUUCCCUCUGUAAAUUGAAUACUACAAUGUAAUCUAUGCUCUCAUGUAAACAAGUGGUGCGCUUUUGUUGUCAUUGCUGGUUGUCUUGGCUGUUCUUUUGAGAAACAGCCCCAUCUCUUCCUGUACCAGUUUUCAAUCUCCCCUACUGGUCCACUGCCCAGAGUUAGCUAACCGUCACUGAAUACACCCAGCAUACUCUAAUGAAAACCAUCACCUCUAUCCUCCACCCCUGCCUCAUCCUCUCAUCUCAUUCUCUCACAGAAUGGGCAGUGUUUUGGCUGCCAGCUCCCCCAACCCGCCACCGGCCCCUGCCGGUGGUAGUCCUGGCGGCCCAGGGAUGACGGUACCCCCAGGCUUCUCAAUGCCCCCAGUAUCACCUGUACUGCCUUCAGGCAAUGCGGCCCCCGGUCAGCAGGUGGAGGCAGAAGGCCCUCUGCCCAACCCUGGCACGUUUGAGGAGUGCCACCGCAAGUGCAAAGGUAAACAGAGAUUAUUAGUCCAUGAAAUAUCUAGAGAAAGUCCUCCACCAUGUAGAUGAGAUCUAUGAAUUGAAUAGUGCAAAUGUAGUGUCUUUAACACUAGAACCGCCAUAGGCCAGCGGCCACUGACGUUUGAUUUUGUAAAUAAAAACAUGUCCUGCUCCUUCCCUGACUUUUCCUAAAUGUUUGUAUUUGACACUGCUCAUUUGUCAGAAUUUUGAAAUCUCAAACAGAAAAGUAUUUAGAGCCUUUUUACCUGUUUGUUUCACACCUAUUCCCAAUUCCCAAUGUGCUGUAGAAUGUUGGUACCCAGCCAGGCGCUAAUGCGUCUCUUUGCUCACUGAAUGAAUGAUAAAUGGAUGAAUGGGCGAUAAUUGUGCACCUUACUUCACAUUUCAUUUUAAAUUAGGCCUAACUGAAUUAUAAAGAGGUUGAUUUAAUUUAGGAAGACAAUAGUGUAAUGAUGAGUUUGUUAUAUGCCUAUUUAUCAGCAGCAAAUAAUUUGACCGCGCCUUGGGGGUUGAUACUAUUCUCUUACGUUGUACUUUGUAAAAAUAAGCUGUUAUGGACUGUUUUAUUUACUAUAACUCUAUUAUUAAUCAUAUGUAUUGUAAGGGAAAUGAAAACAUGCUACAUGUUGCAGUAGUCCUUUAGAAUAAUGCAAAACAUAUCCAUGACUAUCCAGCAAAGCAAACAAUGCCAGCCCACUGAAUGAAUGACAAAUGGAGGGAAUGGGCGAUAAUUGUGCAAGUUACUUCACAAUCAAAUUUAAAUUAGGCCUAACUGAAUGAUGAGGGUGAAGAGGUUGAUUUAUUUUAGAACAACAAUAGUGUAAUGAGUUUGUGUUAUGCCUAUUUAUCAGCGUUGGCAUUCAUGUUAAUAAUUUGACCGCGCGCCUUGCAGGUUGAUACUAUUCUCUUUUACGUUUUACUUUGUAAAAAUAAGCUGUUACAGGACUGUGUUAGUUACUGUAACUAUUACUAAUCACAUUUAUUGUAAGGGAAACAAAAGUAUGCUAUGUGUUGCAGUAGACCUUUAGAAUAAUGCAAAACAUAUGCUUGACUCUAUCCAACUUCAUGAGCUGGAAACAAACGAUGCCGGUCAGCCUGCACAGCCGGCCCAUCCAAACUACACCUAAACUAAUUUCACACAUAAUAAGAGUUAGCCUAUAGACAAGCUUAAAUUGACAAUAACCUGAUGAGUGCAAAUAUUAGGCCUAUCAAAUUGUACAUGAAGAGAUGGGCGCAUCUUGUAAUUUACAGAUGCUGCGAAAGGAGUAUCACUUUAUCAAAUCCUCCUUCAGAGUCACAUGCAGGUAAAACAUUUUUAUUUCUAUUUAGUAUCAGAAAGAGCAUAUUAUGCAGUUUCUAUUACACUUACCUUUUAUCAAAUAACUCCUAAUUCAAGAGGUGCAGCUGUAUUUCCAACUUUUUCCAGGAAUUCAGCAUUGCUCUGGCUACUAAGCAAAAACUAGUAACAUAAUAAACGUAACAUUUAAAUAUGCUAUUCUGUCGUCAAUUGAUGAAUGGGUGAAAGAAACCGGAUAGAAACUGAUAAUGGUGCAUGUGACUUAAAUGAACUGAAUGAUGAUGAGGGUGAAGUGUGAUUGAAUUUGAUUGAUCUGAAUAAUGAGGGUGAAGAGGAUGACUGAAUUUAGAACAAUAGUGUAAUUUUGAUAAAGAAUUGUAGGCGUUGUUGGUGGUCUAUUUUAUUAUGAAAGGCUGGAAAUGGUAUAUCAUUUCACCUCAGAGAGUAAAAUCAGACACUGAGUACAACAUACAAUGUGUUUAGUUCACAAUGGCAAGCCGACCCAAACGAAUGGACGCACUGACAGCAUUGCAAAUUGUGCAGAAUUUAGAUGAGUUGGAUGGAGGAUCAGAUAUUGCGCUUAAAAUCGAUGUUGCUGAUUUUAAGAAUCUUCACCUGAUUCUGAUGUUGACUUCAAGCCUCCGAUGCCUGAGCCUCGCCACAGAAAAACCGGAACAUCAGCUGAGACUGUGAUCCCAACUGCCACGGUGAGACGGGAGUCUGGGAGGGAUGGCACGGUUUGGGUAGAAAUUAGUGUCGAUUUGAUGUGACAUGUAGAUGUUGCAGCACAUCAGAGAUUGUACUGUUGCUCAUGCGCACAGAAAAGGAAACGGGUGGAACAUGUCUAUGGAUUAACUCUAAGCAUUUAUUGCACUCUUGUAUGUCCGCGGGCAUAAGGCGGAAAGAGCACGGAUGGUGGAGUCAUUUUGGUCUGAUAGGUAUGGGGUGGACCUUUUCUGAGAGACCGUGCCACGCAACCGCUUCAGAGAGAUUAUGCGACACCUGCAGCAGGUGUACACAACAAGGCCCAUGAAAACUAUGUGCAGUGCAACCGAUUUGUUUGUGCGGCUUGCUCACACAAAUCCCCUAAACUGUGUGCUGACUGUGGAACCAAAGCAUAAAGAGAAGACGAGAUUGAUUCAUGCAUAAAGGCACACGCAUAAGGGCACAAUACAGUGUCUGAUACGAUAAACAAAUUACUGUUUUUAUAUUUUGUCAUGAAUAUAUUUCCACAAAUGUUUAUUUAUACAAUUCAUCCUUUACAAUUGUUCAUGCACUGGUGCUUUUGUUUAGGAAUACAGCAAAUAAUUUCACCUGUGCACCUGGCUGGUUAUAUUAUAUUUUCUACUUUGUCAAAAGAAGCUCUAACUGGACUUUAUUAAUGACUAUAACUCUAUUACUAAUUGAAUCUACAAAUAAAGUUGGUCAAAUGGGUUACGCUAAUGUUUUUAUUGUAAGGGAAACGAAAAUAGGCUAUAGGCCUAUGUUUUUUUUCUAGGACUUUGUAGAAUUAUACAAAACAUCCUUGACUAUCUAAACAAAAGUUUUUUAUAUAUAAUAUUUCUAUAUUAUAUAUUUCUAUAUGCAAUUAAUCCUUUACAAUAGUUUAUGCACUAUUUAUCAAGUGUUGACGCAUAUGUUUGCUGCACCUUGCGGGUUGAUAUGCAUCUGAUGCUUUUUCACUUGGUUUUGAAAAACUUUCCGCACCUACAAUAGACUUCCUCAUUGCUCAUUCUGCAGUAUGUCGGCUCUGGAAAAACACGAAUAAAGACUCCAAAAACACCCAAACCUGUCCUUUUAAAAAUGUUAAAGCUGUCAGUAUAGUGAUGCAGGUCUUUAGAUGUUGUACAGAUGAAAUUGUGUAAUUCCGAACUUUAUCUGCAACAUAUUAAAUAUUUGCGACUUGAGCGGUUUCCCUUACCUGCUGUGCUCCCUCUCCGUGUAGCCCGCGCAGCACAGCUGGUAGGGGAAACCGCUCGAGUCGCACAAUAUGGAAUAUAACGUUGCGGAUAACGUUUGGAAUUGCACAAUUUAAUGUGUACAUCAUCUAAAGACCUGCAUCACUAUUGUGUGUUUUUGGAACUUUUGUUCAUGUUUUUCUGGAGUCCCCAUACUGCAGAAUGAGGAAGUGAGGUUAGUUUCUCAAAACCAAGUGAAAUUGCAAAAAACAAAGUGUCUGUAUAACAUAGUUACAUUUUUUAAAAAUGGUUAACCGGUCCAUUUAAUGAUUCUCAGUGUCUUCAUGUCGUAGGCCUACACUUAAUCUCAAUCAGUUCCCCUUUCUAUCUGUUUUUCCAGAGGUUUUCCCCAUGCAGAUGGAGGGUGUAAGACUAAUCGUUAACAAGGGCCUGAGUAAUCACUUCCAGGUCAGUAAAGGUCACUACAUCUGUAUUUUCUACUGGUAAAAUGAUGCUGUGAAUGGCCUUAUGAAGGUCCUGAGCCUCAUUUCAUCAUUCCUGCUAGGCAAAUUAUUUCAUUAAGUUUUCAGACUUCGAGUAUAAUACCAAAGAUGUUUUAGUAUGAAGAUAUGUAGAAACUGCUUCUCCAAUAGAAAUCCCCCAUCACGCUUGUAGGGGAUGUCAUGGCGACGUUGGCUAGCUAAGUUCAUGCACAGACACACGCAGUCGGGUCUAACGGUCGUCUUGCGCCGAACUGCGCAUGGGCAGGCAGUCAAAUUAAAGGCGCUCCUUCGAUAUAAAGUAGUUUUUGACGAAAAUUAAAAUGUGUCAAACCCCGGUCUGGUCUGCCGAGUCUGCUUCGCAAGUGCUCCCUGAAGUCUUGCGGUGUUGAGCCUCUGGGUUUAGAAACUUUGAUAAUACUGUGUUAAGAUUAGUUCUGGUCUUGCUCUCGUAACCAAAUAAGGUGAACAACUAAGCUCUUGGGAAGCUUCUCAUAACAAAACGGUUGUUUUGUCUACUGGCCAUCCCUUUUGUCUUUUGAUUUUAUACGACACACUUCACGACACACUUACAGAUGUUUGCUUGAGGAGCAUUGCUGACAGAAACAUGAAAGGCCUGUUUUGUUGUGACUAAACCUACCUUGUUGCCCUCCUUUCUGACCGACCCCAUCAGGUGAAUCACACGGUAAUGCUCAGCACCCUAGGCGAUUCCAGUUACAGGUUUGGUGCUACCUAUGUGGGAACUAAGCAAAUGGGUCCAGCAGAGGUGAGUCAGAGCCACUUAGCUAAUACCACAGCCUGAAGAUUUGUUUGUGGUACAUUAGCCCUGUACACACUACAGCUAUAUAAAGUUGUCACCCCUCAUUUGAGUGCUUAAAGGGAUACUUCGGGAUUUUGGCAAUGAGGCCCUAUAUCUACUUCCCAGAGUCAGAUGAACUCGUGGAUACCAUUUUUAUGUCGCUGUGUCCAGUAUGUAGUUUAAUGAGCCAAUGCUAACUAGUGUUAGCGCAAUGACUGGGCAUCUACUAGCAUGCUACCAUAAAAAUGUUAUCCAUGAGUUCAUCACUCUGGGAAAGGAGAUAAAGGGCCUCAUUGCCAAAAUCCCAAAGUAUAUUUGUUAUACGGUCAAGUUCACACACUACCAGUUAUGAAUGAGAAUGACAACUGUAUUACAGAGUCCUACAAAAUGCAGGACGGUUAUUGUUGCUGGUAUUUGUGAAAUUAGCUUAUUCUAGAAAAGUUUUACCUUUACUUUGUGUAACUAUUGUUUUCUGUCUGCAGUCCUUCCCAGUCAUGGUGGGAGACAUGGACAACAGCGGCAGCCUCAAUGCCCAGGUCAUUCACCAGAUCUCCAACAGAGUCCGGUCCAAACUAGCCUUCCAGGUACAGAUAUUUGGUUUUCUAUGGUAGUUUUUGUUUAGUCUGCCAUUAACCUCGGCAGUUGAAAUUAGGUGAUAAUAAACAAUACUUUGAAGUAGAGCUUCAACGCCUGGACCUUACACCAAGCCACCGAAAUGUAUAUAGCCCAUUUGAGUUACUACAUCAGACUGAUUGAUGACGUGUUUAUCAAUGUGUGUCCUGCCAUCAGACGCAGCAGCAAAAGUUUGUGAACUGGCAAGGAGAUUGUGAGGUCCGGGGAGAGGACUUUACUGCUGCUGUUACCCUGGGCAACCCAGAUGUCCUUGUAGGCUCUGGUAAGCUUUGUGAAUGGAGGUAUUUUGGAAUACUGAAAUGUACCACCUACUGUAACUUUAUCUUAAGCUUAUCGUCUUCCCUCUUUUUCCCUUACUACUUCAUCAUUCAGGUAUUAUUGUAGCGCACUACAUCCAGUCCAUAACCCCAUCCCUGGCUUUCGGAGGGGAGCUGGUUUACCAUCGCAGGCCAGGAGAGGAAGGCACAGUCAUGUCUCUAGCUGGCAGAUACACGGGUGAGGCAUUGGCCACAAUCACACUGAAGUAUGGAAGCAACCCAGUCUCUGCGCCACCCUUAGAUUUCAGGAGUUAAUGUGUAUUCUAAACUAUAAAUCAGCAAGAAACUAUCAAAUAGUUAAUUAUAACAACUUAAACUACCGUUCAAAAGUUUGGGGUCACUUAGAAAUGUCCUCGUUUUUGAACGAAAAGCAAUUUUUUUGUCCAUUAAAAUAAUAUCAAAUUGAUCAGAAAUACAGUGUAGACAUUGUUAAUGUUAUAAAUGGCUAUUUUAGCUGGAAAUGGUUGAUUUUUAAUGGAAUAUCUACCUAGGUGUACAGAGGCCCAUUAUCAGCAACCAUCAGUCCUGUGUUCCAAAGGCAUGUUGUGUUUGCUAAUCUAAGUUUAUCGUUUUAAAAGGCUAAUUGAUCAUUAGAAAACCCUUUUGCAAUUAUGUUAGCACAGCUGAAAACUGACUAGUUGAUUAUCUGGAGCAUCAGCAAUUGUGGGUUCGAUUACAGGCUCAAAAUGGUCAGAAACAAAUAACUUUCUUCUGAAACUCGUCAGUCUAUUCUUGUUCUGAGAAAUUAAGGCUAUUCCAUGCAAGAAAUUGCCAAGAAACUGAAGAUCUCGUACAACGCUGUGUACUACUCCCUUCACAGAACAGCGCAAACUGGCUCUAACCAGAAUAGAAAGACGAGUGGGAGGCCCCGGUGCACAACUGAGCAAGAGGACAAAUACAUUAGUGUCUAGUUUGAGAAACAGACGCCUCACAUGUCCUCAACUGGCAGCUUCAUUAAAUAGUACCUGCAAAACACCAGUCUCAACGUCAACAGUGAAGAGUCGACUCCGGGAUGCUGACCUUCUAGGCAGAGUUACAAAGAAAAAGCCAUAUCUCAGACUGGCCAAUAAAAAGAAAAGAUUAAGAUGGGCGAAAGAACACAGACACUGGACAGAGGAAGAUUGGAAAAAAGUGUUAUGGACAGACGAAUCGAAGUUUGAGGUGUUCGGAUCACAAAGAAGAACAUUUGUGAGACGCAGACCAAAUGAAAAGAUGCUGGAGGAGUGCUUGAUGCCAUCUGUCAAGCAUGGUGGAGGCAAUGUGAUGGUCUGGGGGUUCUUUGGUGGUGAUAAAGUGGGAGAUUUGUACAGGGUAAAAGGGAUCUUGAAGAAGGAAGGCUAUCGCUCCAUUUUGCAACGCCAUGCCAUACCCUGUGGAUGGCGCUUGAUUGGAGCCAAUUUCCUCCUACAACAGGACAAUGACCCAAAGCGCAGCUCCAAACUAUGCAAGAACUAUUUAGGGAAGAAGCAGUCAGCCGGUAUUCUGUCUAUAAUGGAGUGGCCAGCACAGUCACUGGAUCUCAACCCUAUUGAGCUGUUGUGGGAGCAGCUUGACCGUAUGGUACGUAAGAAAUGCUCAUCAAGCCAAUCCAACUUGUGGGAUGUGCUUCAGGAAGCAUGGGGUGAAAUAUCUUCAGAUUACCUCAACAAAUUGACAACUAGAAUGCCAAAGGUCUGCAAGGCUGUAAUUGCUGCAAAUGGAGGAUUUUUUUGACGAAAGCUAAGUUUUGAAGGACACAAUUUAUAUUAGAAAUCAUUAUUUCUAACCUUUACUACAUUUCCUAUGCAUUUUGCUAUAUUUCCUAUUCAUUUCAUGUAUGUUUUCAUGGAAAACAAGGACAUUUCUAAGUGACCCCAAACUUUUGAAUGGUAGUGUAUAAUUCUGAAGGCAAUUAAGUUCUUAAAAUGACAAGGCAAUGCAUUCUUGGAGACAGUAGAUAUCUUUACAAAACUAAGGACUUAUUUAGAAAUAACCAGGAUAAAACAAUAAAUGUACAGGAUGAAUGAAUAGUGGAGAUUUUGAUGGCAAUUUUAUAGGCAAAAAAGAAAAUGAUAAGGGAGUUUGUCUAACCUAUUUCCAGCAUGUGAUUCAAAGACACUUAUUUAAAAUAUAAAAUAAACAUACCUGGUAUUUCUAUAGGAGACAAAUAGCCAAUAAUAAAGUAACAGAUUACAGCCUACAGAUUACACGCUCACAUCAAAUCAGGGAAAAGAAGAUGAGGUUGAGCUGGAAAACUCUUACACAUCUGUCUGGAACAGUCUUCAGAGAACUCUCCAUGCAAGCAGACUCCAAAACGAAGCAUUUCAGUAGGCCACAGAGAAUUCCACAAGGUCCCGCAUGGGGUGUUCUUGGAUUGUUUUGUGGUUCGUAAGACUGCAAUCAUGGCUGGUCGCCAUCGGAACAGGAAGAGGUGAGCCCUCCCGUCAGGAGCGCUGUGAUUGGCUUAGGUGAUGGAAUAAUUCCUGGGGUUGGGUCAGCCCCCAUUCAUCGCCUGCAUUGUCCUGUGACUUACAGUGCAUUCUGAAUGUAUUCAGACCCCUUGACAUUUUCCAUAUUUUGUUACGUUACAGCCUUGUUCUAAAAUAGAUUUACAUUGUUUUUUAUCCUCAUCAACGUACCCCAUAAUGACAAAGCAAAAACAGGUUUAGACAUUUUUGCAAAUGUAAUAAAAAAAAGAAAUAUUACAUUUACAUAAGUAUUCAGACCCUUUACUCAAUACUUUGUUGAAGCACAUUUGGCAGAGAUUACAACCUCGAGUCUUCUUGAGUAUGGCGCUACAAGCUUGGCACACCUGUACUUGGGGAGUUUCUCCCAUUUCUCUGCAGAUCCUCUCAAGCUCUGUCAGGUUGGAUGGGGAGUGUCUCUGCACAGCUAUUUUCAGGUCUCUCCAGAGAUGUUAGAUCGGGUUCAAGUCCGGGCUCUGGCUGGGUCACUCAAGGACAUUCGGAUACUUGUCCCGAAGCCACUCCUGCAUUGUCUUGGCUGUGUGCUUAGGGUCGUUGUCCUGUUGGAAGGUGACCCUUCGCCCCAGUCUGAGGUCCUGAGCGCUCUGGAGAAGGUUUUCAUCAAGGAUCUCUCUGUACUUUGCUCCGUUCAUCUUUCCCUCGAUCCUGACUAGUCUCCCAGUCCCUGCCACUGAAAAACAUUCCACAGCAUGAUGCUGCCACCACCAUGCUUCACCGUAGGGAUGGUGCCAGGUUUCCUCCAGACGUGACUUCUGGAAGAUUCUCCCAUCUCGACAGAGGAACUCUGGAGCUCUGUCAGUGACCAUUGGGUUCUUGGUCACCUCCCUGACCAAGGCCCUUCUUCCCCGAUUGCUCAGUUUGACCGGGCAGCAGGCUCUAGGAAGAGUGUUGGUGGUUCCAAACUUCUUCCAUUUAAGAAUGAUGGAAGCCACUGUGUUUUUGGGGACCUUCAAUGUUGCAGACAUGUUUUGAUAUUCUUCCCCAGAUCUGUGCCUCGACACAGUCCUGUCUCAGAGCUCUACGCACAAUUCCUUUGACCUCAUGGCUUGGUUUUUGCUCUGACAUGCACUGUCAACUGUGGGACCGUUAUAGACAGGUGUGUGCCUUUCCAAAUCAUGUCCAAUCAAUUGAAUUUACCACAGGUGGACUCCAAUCAAGUUGUAGAAACAUCUCAAGGAUGAUCAAUGGAAACAGGAUGCACCUGAGCUUAAUUUCGAGUCUCAUAACAAAGGGUCUGAGUACUUAUGUAAAUAAGGUAUUUCAGGGUUUUAUUUUAAAUAAAUGUGCAAAACAAAUCUGCAUGUUUUCGCUUUGUCGUUAUGGGGUAUUGUAUGUAGAUUGAGGGAAAAAAUAGAUUUGAUCAAUUUUAGAAUAGGGCUGUAACCUAACAAAAUGUGGGAAAAGGGAAGGGGUCUGAACAUUUUCUGAAUGCACUGUAUGCCAGGUCAUUAAUUAAUCAAUUGUUCACAUAAAUGGAGGGUAUUCUUCCACCGCCUGUGUGAAUACCAUUUACAUUUGACAUUUUAGUCAUUUUAGCAGACGCUCUUAUCCAGAGCGACUUACAGUUAGUGCAUACAUUUUAAAAAAAUCAUACCCCCUGUGGGAAUUGAACUGGUGAUCGUGACUGGUGAUCGCACAGAUAUCAAACAGUAUGCUUUUUGUGGACGAAUAAGUAUAAUACCAGAACAUAUCACACACAUUCUAAAAUUCUAUCUUAUCACACACACAUCAACACAUUUAACUAUGUCAUUUUCAGUCCGUUUACACUGUUUCCUUGAGGAAAUAAAAGUUUUAGGCACUUUUGCAUGUAGUAUAAUAUUCUCCAUUGGCGAAGUUCCUUGGCUGAGACAUUGUCACUCUUCGUCAGAACCCUGUUGUUUCCAUGUCUCUGGCAGAAAUCUGGGUGCCCUUUGGUUCAAACCUGCCAGCCUUUUUGCUGUUAGAAGCUUUGAUGUACACUAGAGGGGGCCACUCAGCAGGAGUUGUCCUUCCCCUCUUUUGCUCAUCUUCCUUUGUUCUCUGGCCACUGAAUAGGUCCUUGUGUGUUCUUAUUGUAGUUGACAUCUGGCGUGGAUGUGUUAAUUCGACGCUCCUCUACAACCAUGUAAUUUUUUAAGGUGCAGUUGUUGUAUAAUGCAGCAAUAGUCCACUCACUUAUAUUUUUCCAUAGUAGAUAUGUGUAUUACACUAAUGUUUUAAAAACCUGUGUUUCUUGCUAUUUCAGGCAGUAACUUCAUUGCCACAUUGACACUAGGGGGAGCAGGGGCACAUGCCUCCUACUACCACAAAGCCAAUGACACGGUAUUGCUCAAUUCCAUUGUUUCCUUUCUGUAUCUGUGACUUUUUCUCAAUGUGUUGGUUAGUGUCGGUUCAGCUCUAUCACCCAUAUUUUUCUCCCACAGUUGCAAGUGGGUGUUGAGUUUGAGGCUAGCACCCGUAUGCAGGAGACCAGUGUAUCAUUUGGCUACCAGCUAGAUGUGCCUAAAGCCAAUUUGCUCUUCAAAGGUAUGGCUUCCGCUUGUAUGGACACUGAUUUUGAAGUCUAUGUACAGUGAGGGAAAAAAGUAUUUGAUCCCCUGCUGAUUUUGUACGUUUGCCCACUGACAAAGAAAUGAUCAGUCUAUAAUUUUAAUGGUAGGUUUAUUUGAACAGUGAGAGACAGAAUAACAACAAAAAAAUCCAGAAAAACGCAUGUCAAAAAUGUUAUAAAUUGAUUUGCAUUUUAAUGAGGGAAAUAAGUAUUUGACCCCCUCUCAAUCAGAAAGAUUUCUGGCUCCCAGGUGUCUUUUAUACAGGUAAUGAGCUGAGAUUAGGAGCACACUCUUAAAGGGAGUGCUCCUAAUCUCAGUUUGUUACCUGUAUAAAAGACACCUGUCCACAGAAGCAAUCAAUCAGAUUCCAAAUUCUCCACCAUGACCAAGACCAAAGAGCUCUCCAAGGAUGUCAGGGACAAGAUUGUAGACCUACACAAGGCUGGAAUGGGCUACAAGACCAUCGCCAAGCAGCUUGGUGAGAAGGUGUCAACAGUUGGUGCGAUUAUUCACAAAUGGAAGAAACACAAAAGAACUGUCAAUCUCCCUCGGCCUGGGGCUCCAUGCAAGAUCUCACCUCGUGGAGUUGCAAUGAUCAUGAGAAUGGUAAGGAAUCAGCCCAGAACUACACGGGAGGAUCUUGUCAAUGAUCUCAAGGCAGCUGGGACCAUAGUCACCAAGAAAACAAUUGGUAACACACUACGCCGUGAAGGACUGAAAUCCUGCAGCGCCCGCAAGGUCCCCCUGCUCAAGAAAGCACAUAUACAGGGCCGUCUGAAGUUUGCCAAUGAACAUCUGAAUGAUUCAGAGGAGAACUGGGUGAAAGUGUUGUGGUCAGAUGAGACCAAAAUGGAGCUCUUUGGCAUCAACUCAACUCGCCGUGUUUGGAGGAGGAAUGCUGCCUAUGACCCCAAGAACACCAUCCUCACCGUCAAACAUGGAGGUGGAAACAUUAUGCUUUGGGGGUGUUUUCUGCUAAGGGUACAGGACAACUUCACCGCAUCAAAGGGACGAUGGACGGGGCCAUGUACCGUCAAAUCUUGGGUGAGAACCUCCUUCCCUCAGCCAGGGCAUUGAAAAUGGGUCGUGGAUGGGUAUUCCAGCAUGAAAAUGACCCAAAACACAUGGCCAAGGCAACAAAGGAGUGGCUCAAGAAGAAGCACAUUAAGGUCCUGGAGUGGCCUAGCCAGUCUCCAGACCUUAAUCCUAUAGAAAAUCUGUGGAGGAAGCUGAAGGUUCGAGUUGCCAAACGUCAGCCUCGAAGUCAUGUUUUGCAGAGGGGUCAAAUACUUAUUUCCCUCCAUUAAAAUGCAAAUCAAUUCAUAACAUUUUUGACAUGCGUUUUUCAGGAUUUUUUUUGUUUGUUAUUCUGUCUCUCACUGUUCACAUAAACCUACCAUUAAAAUUGUAGACUGAUCAUGUCUUUGUCAGUGGGCAAACAUACAAAAUCAGCAGGGGAUCAAAUACUUUUUUUCCUCACUGUAUAUACCUGCAUAUUAGCUUUUUGUUACAUUGUUCGCUAUUUUGUAUUUUCAUAUACAGUUCCUUCAAAGUAUUCAUACCCCUUGACUUAUCCACAUUUUGUUGUGAUACAGCCUGAAUUCAGAAUGGAUUACAUUUAUUUUCUUUCUCACCCAUCUACACACAAUACCCCAUAAUGACAAAGUGAAAAAAACGUAAAUAUCUCAUUUACAUAGGUAUUCAGACCCCUGAGUCAAUACUUUGUAGAAGCACCUUUGGCGGUGAUUACAGCUUUGAGUUGUCCAGGGUAUGUCUGUAUCAGCUUUGCACAUCUGGAUUUGGGGAUUUUCUCCCAUUCUUCCUGGCAGAUUUCCUAAAGCUCUGUUAAGUUAGAUGCUGAGCGGCAGUGAACAGCAAUCUUCAAGUCUUCCCACAGAUUUUUAGUAGGAUUCAAGUCUGGGCUUUGGCUGGGCCACUCAAGGACUUUCACAUUCUUGUUCUGAAGCCAUUCCAGCAUUGCUUUGGCUGUAUGUUUGGGGUCAUUGUCCUGUUGGAAUGUAAAUCUUCGCCCAAGUCGAAGGUCGUUUGAACUCUGAAGCUUGUUAAGGAUUUUCCUGUAUUUGGCUCCAUUCAUUGUUCCCACUAUCCUUACAAGUCUCCCAGUCCCUGCCGCUGAAAAGCAUCCCCAUAGCAUGAUGCUGCCACCACCAUGGUGUUAGACGGGUGAUGAGCUGUACCUGGUUUUCUCCAGACGUAUCGCUUUGCAUUCAGGCCAAAUAGUUAAAUGUUUGUCUCAUCAGACCACAGAAUAUUUUGCCUUAUGCUCUGUCUUCUCUCAGGAGUGGCUUCUGUCCGGCCACUCUCCUAGAAAGGCCAGAUUGGUGAAGUGCUGUAGAGACUGUUGUCCUUCUGGCAUAUUCUCCCAUCUCAGCUAAGGAACUCUGUAGUUCUGUCAGAGUGGUCAUUGGGUUCUUGGUCACCUCUCUGACCAAGGUCCUUCUUGCCCGGCUCCUCAGUUUGGUCGGACGACCUGCUCUAGGCAGAGUCUGGGUAGUUCCAUAUUUUUUUCAAUUUCCCAAUGAUGGAGACCACUGUGCUCUUGGAAACUUUCAACCCUCUAGAAAUUAUUUAUACCCUUCCCCAGAUAUAUGCCUCAUCACAAUUCUAUCUCGGAUAUCUACGGACAGGUCCUUGGACUUAAUGGUAUAGUUUCUGCUUUGACAUUCACUGUCAACUGUCGGACCUUAUAUAGACCGGUAUGUUUCUUUCUAAAUCAUGUCCAAACAAUUGAAUUGGCCACAGGUGGACUCCAAUCAAGUUGUAGUGGCAUCUCAAGGGAAAUUGAAUGCACCUGAGCUCAAUUUGGAGCGUCAUAGCAAAGGUGUGUGAAUACUUAUGUAAAUUCGAUUUCUGUAUUUCAUUUUCAAUAAAUGUGCAACAUUUUCUAAAAACAUGUUUUCAUGUUGUCAUUAUGGGGUAUUGUGUGUAGAUGGGUGAGAAAAACAUAUUUUUUUUUUGAAUUAGGGCAUUAACAGAACAAAAUGUGGAAUAAGUCAACGGUUAUGAAUAUUUUCUGAAGGCACUGUUAUCCAAUUUUCUGUUUCUCUCCCCAAUAUUCCAGGCUCCAUAGAUAGUAAUUGGGUGGUGGGGGCCACACUAGAGAAGAAGCUGCUUCCUCUGCCUCUUUCUUUGGUCCUGGGGUCCUUCCUCAACCACAAGAAGAACAAGUUCCAAUGUGGUUUUGGCAUCACCAUCGGUUAG